CAAAUAUUGGAUACCUGGUUACUCGCCACCUGUGAUCAGCAGCGGGCGAAGUCGGUUCAAACACCACGCCACAUCCUGCAGCUCCACGUUUUAAGGCAUUUUCGUCAGCAUUUCCCGGGAUUUAUGUUCUGUAAAGGUACAACUGGGAGAUCCAAUGAUUGAAGUUCGUGUUCUGCCAGGCGAGCCGUAUCCUCUUCAUCGCUGCAUUCUUCUUCAGCCUCGCCGACAGUAACACUGCCAGAACAGUCAUGAAGAACUGUUGGUCACCGUGGUAUUAUUACGACAGCACGGAGGAUGGCAGCAAAGCGUGCGCCGCCACUACUAUCUUCUUCAGCACCUUCUCCAUAAUCUACACCAUCCACUGUCUCGAUGGUGGAGAUUCUUCUCAGUUCUUUCUACCCCUUUUUGAAACUGAUGUGGACACAACCAUGAAACAAGCUGGAGGCUUCAUGAUCGUGUUCUACAUGGUCUAUAUUGCGGUAUCCAUAAUGAUGAUCUUUGGUGUCAAUAUGGACCACCGUGGUCUCAUCUUACCCUGGCUCACACAGAACAUGCUCUACAUUCUCAUGAUCAUUGCCUUCGCCCUGUGGCUACAAGCAUCAUAUUACCACUAUCUGCUGUCAGUGCUAUGGACAUGCAUCUACCUACUGUUUGCUGCUGCUCAUAUAUAUAUGUACCGGUGUGUCAAGAGUCAGUAUGAGCUUAUUAAACAGUCCCAGGCUCCAAACAUUGUGCAGCUGUACUGAGCAGUAUCCACCAUCAAUAAUCUUGCCAUUCCUUGUCCAAUGGAUCAUUGUUGAUCUUCGGGUUACGGAAAAAUGAGCAGAAGCUUCAUAGACAAGAGCUCAAAAAUAUAUCUUGUGAUGCUUGUUUGUUUUAGCAAGUGCUUAAUGGCAGCAUUACUUGUUAAUUUGCCAACUUUUACUGUACAAAGAUGUUUUAACAUUAUGACAGUUGGCAAGUAUACUGAUGACCUAUUGGUGCAUUAACUUGAAAAAAUAAUAUUUGUAUACUUGCUAAGGCAUUUUAUCUGCAUGUGUUGGUUUAUGUGAGAACUGUAAUCUGUAGAAGGGAAAACCAAGAAAACCUUGUUUCUUGAAUUUUCUCAAGACCAUAGAUAGAAAAUUGCCCUUUAUAAAAUGUCAGUGUAAAACUGCAAUUACCAAUUGACAAAGUAGUAACAUCCACAAAAGCCAGAACAUGCCAGAGCUAUUGCCAAACUUAGUCCGUCCACUAAAGCCAGAACUUAGCAGAGCUGUCACUAUCUUCCGUCCAUUAAAACCAUAAUACAUCACAAAAUGAUAAAUAAUUUAUGUUCUGUCUAGUAAAGCUAGAACACAGAAACCUACAAUAACUAGGUCUUCCUAGAAUCUACAACUGCUUUCCUGAUUUUUGGAGAGUUCACACCAAAGGACAUUACAUCAUUAGUGAAGUCCUCGUCUAUAGUCUUACAUACAUUAAGGGCAUUUAAGUGUUAGGCUUUAAACAACCUUAAGAUGCAGUAUUGAAUGACUGCAGUUCAGCAGGAGUCUGCAUCUUGUGUGAAUCACUGACAAAGCCAAAACUGGUGUGUUUUUAAAGUGUCACAAGUACUACUAUAAGUUGUGUGUCAUGAUUUCAUUUUUGUCAGUGAAAUUAUUAUUGUUGUCAUUCACUAAUUAUUAUUAUUAUUAUUAUUAUUAUUAUUAUUAUCAUCAUCAUCAUCAUCAUCAUCAUUAUGGUAGGAAAGAAGAGUCUGGCUAUAGUCUCAAAGCUUGGUAAGAAGGGCACUGCCAGUGCAUUCCAUGCAACUUGCUAAACAUAAUUUGAAGAUAUGAAAUGAGGUUUAGACCCCCCUAAGUUUCACUAUUUCUGCAUGGAGAUAAGAUAUGAUAGAUAUACUAUUGUAAUUACUAUUAUUGAUAAAUAUUCCCAUUAUGUUGUAAUUUCCACAUAGUAAUGAGAGUUUGAAAGUUUUAUUGUAAAUGUAGAAGCUUCAGAAUUUGCCUUCUCAACAUGAAUGAUCAUAAACCACUGAAUGUUUAGUGAGAUAUCUUAUUGUGUCAAAUGUACAAAAUACUUAUAUAAUUUUUAAAAGAAUUUUUACAAGACUUUAAACACGGGUGUUACUGAUGAUGGUUGUUAACACAGCCUAUUUAUUUAAAUUAUCAAAGAGCAGACAGGUAUUGAUAAACAGUGAGGCGUGACACCAUGUGGGAACAAUGAGAGCUGUAAUUUUGCACUAUGUAAUCCAUCCAAAUAGAUCUGAUAAGUAUAUGCUUAUUAUUUUUGUAAGCAAUAAAGUUGGUAUAGUUAA